AUGGAACCACCGAGUCACGCGCGUCUUGUGGCCAUGCGCCUUCUGACCGCCACGAACACGCCCGAGAAGCAACAGGCGGCCAAGAAGUCGGCGCAGUUGUGUCUGUCGCCCACGGAUCCUAGUGAGGAUCCCACCAUGGCGCUGGCCAUGGCCUCACCCGUGCUGACAGGCAAGUCAGCACCUAUCACAUCGCCCAACCCGGCCAAGAACCCGCUGCCAGGUCUGCAGUUCGCCAUCUCUGCGCAGCGUGCGCCCAGCCGCGAGUUGCGUCUGCCAUCGUUCUCCAGCCCUUCAUACGAGCUCGAGGGUGCCACAGUUGCCACUAGUAGUGCAGACGAAGAGGAGAGUGAACAACCCGUAGUAGAGAAGACACAGAGACGUAAAAAGGGUACGCGUCGAGGCACACUACACCCUGAAGCCAAAAACGUCCUCAAGGCCUGGAUGUUCUCACCCGAACACUUCGCCCACCCGUACCCAAGUGAGGAGGAGAAGGAGGAACUGGCUAACGAGGCUGGCAUUGAAGUCAAACAGCUCUCGAACUGGUUUACUAACGCCCGGAAGCGCCUCUGGCAGCCUGUGUUGCGUCAAUCUGGAGUUGAAGUUAAGAAAUUCCUGUCAACAGGACGUGGCGGCCCGCGUGGCAACAAACUGGACGUGCCAGCCAACCUCCACCAGCUGGUAUUGCCUUCUCCUGCGCCGAGCCCAUCGAGUUCGCCUCGUAAGCGCUCGUGGUCGGCCAUGCGGGAUAAUUCCUCGCCUUCUACAGCUUCUAUAACCUCCCAUGAUGAUUGCAAGCGUACGAAGAACAAGCGCUUAAAGAGCAACAGCUCACGCGACGAGAACACGGCGCCGCAGCUAAAAGAUCUUGAGCUGCUGGCGGCUACAUCACUGCUGGGCCUACAACACUUGACACAGUCGGUGCAUUAA